AUGGACCUGGCGCUGCUGCUCCGGAAGCUCGCGCUCGGCCCGUCCGUGCGCGCGCUGCUGCUGCUGCUGCUGCUGCUUGCCGGCUGCGCGCGCGCCUGCGGUCCGGGCCGGGGCUACGGGAAGCGCAGACUCCCGAAGAGACUCACACCGCUCGGCUACAAGCAGUUCAUCCCCAACGUGGCGGAGAAGACGCUCGGGGCCAGCGGGAAGUACGAGGGCAAGAUCACGCGCAACUCGGAGCGCUUCAAGGAGCUGACCCCCAACUACAACCCCGACAUCAUCUUCAAGGACGAGGAGAACACCAACGCGGACCGGCUCAUGACCCAGCGAUGUAAAGACAAGCUGAACUCGCUGGCGAUCUCGGUGAUGAACCAGUGGCCCGGGGUGAAGCUGCGCGUGACGGAGGCCUGGGACGAGGACGGCAACCAUUUUGAAGAGUCUUUACACUACGAGGGCCGAGCGGUGGACAUCACGACCUCGGACAGGGACAAGAGAAAGUACGGGAUGCUGUCGAGACUCGCCGUGGAGGCCGGAUUCGACUGGGUUUAUUACGAAUCCAAAGCACACAUACACUGCUCCGUCAAAGCAGAAAACUCUGUCGCCGCUAAAUCCGGCGGCUGCUUCCCCGGAUCUGCACUGGUUUACCUCUCGGAUGGAAGCACGAAGCAGGUGGAGGAUCUGACAGAAGGCGAUAGGGUUCUCGCAGCAGAUGAGCUGGGAAACAUAGUGUACAGUGAUUUCAUCGGCUACCUGGACCGAGACGCGAACACACACCGGACAUUCCUCGUACUUGAGACAUCGGAACUGAACGUGACCCUGCGGCUCACUUCGGGGCACCUGGUCUUCAUUCGGGAUGACUCGGCUGCCUCUGGGAUGGUCGCAAAGUUUGCAAGCAGCGUGAAACCCGGACAGGACGUGUUUGUUUGGGAAGGGUGGGGACGUCUGAGGAGUGCACGUGUAAAGCGUGUUUACGCGGUGGAGGACAGGGGCUCGUACGCGCCGCUCACCACACACGGGACCAUUGUGGUGGACGGUGUGCUAGCUUCGUGCUACGCUGCAGUGGAGGAGCACCGCUUGGCGCACUGGGCUUUUGCGCCGCUCCGUCUGAGUCACACACUCACGCCGACCUCAUGGUGGCGCUGGAUUGUACCAAAUUCAAAUGCUACUUCGCAACAGGACGGGAUUCACUGGUAUCCCAAGAUGCUGCUGCAGGUCGGAAUGUGGCUGCUGGACCGGGACUCUUUUCACCCACUCGGGAUUCCGAGCUCCAGCUGAGACUCGAUAAACAUACAGGAACAUUUUAGUCCAAAAUGCAAAUUUGCUAACUUUAAAUGAAAAGUUUGAAUAGACACCAGUUAGCAUGGUAUAGAUAAUCGCUCACUGUUCGUUCGUUUUAAAGCCCCAGUCAUGCUCGCUUACAGUCAGAAAAACAGAAAUUGUCGCAGUCAGAUUUUUGGAAAUAAAUUUCCAUAGCUUUCAAAGUUGGUGAAGACCGACGCAAAGAUUUAUAACAUCGCUAACUAGCAUGACAUGCUGCAGUCCUUCUUGUUUUAAGCGCAAAGAGGGGUGUAACUUUUAAACCUAGCGAAGAAGGCAACUUGCUAGCAACAAGCUCCAGCAGUCUGACAAACAACACGGCUCUUCGACAAAAAUUAACCGUACGCCACUCUGUGUGACUCUGUACAUCGGAAUUAGCUGAACUGGAUUUAUAAAGUUAGCCAAAUACUUGAAUCCAAAAAUGCUAAGUCACAGCUAAAAUGCUAAGGGCUCGAAACGAAGAACUGCUCUGUUUUAUACUUCAGAGUUAGAAUUAAUAUUAGCAUUAGCAUUAUGGACUGAAAUGUUCUACUUUGUGGCAUUAACUAAAAGAAAUGGUUUUGGAGGGAAAAAAUAAAUCCAAUUUUUUUUCACAGACUCCACAUAUACCUCAGACGUAGUCAAGUUUAAGAUAUGAUAUACCUACACGCUAACCAGGCUAACAGACCACACCAGUUAGCAUCAUUCGAACCAAAACACACACAUUUGUCAAACUGUGUGUCAUGUUAUUAGCAGGUGUGUAUCGUUGUGUAGCUAAUCGCUAUGCAUAAAUGUCCAAUCCUUCGUUAGCGACAUUAGCUUACCAGACCGAAGCAAAAUGAUGAACAGGUGAGGAAAUGUGUCUUAAUAAUUAACGCUGAAAAGAUUUUUCCCCUUGAAUCACUUCUUCAGUGACCCGGGAAUCCUGAGAGGUGUGUGUUUCGUCUAAUAAUUUAUUUGUCUUUGGAUCAUUCAGAAGCCUAACGAUGGGAUUCAGGAUUCACAGAGAUGAAGUGAGACUGAGGAGACGUAAAAUCUCUCCAAAUGUGACUGACUGCUCGAUUUUACCGGAUAGGCCGACGCUCAUAAAUUAUAUUUUUCUACGCAGAUUUGUAUAUUAGAUUUUUUUGACGGAUCUAAACUAUUUACAGAAUCACAUUUCGUUAUUUGAAAUAGUGAGAGAUAUAAAAAUGUGUUUGCUGUAUUUAAA